AUGACGAUUGUCAAUAUCCGUCGUGAUGUGGACGACAAAUUCUAUCGUUACCGCAUGCCCCUCUUGGAAAUAAAGAUCGAGGGUAAAGGAAAUGGUAUAAAAACGGUCGUGCCGAACAUGUCUGACAUUGCUCGUGCGCUGAGUCGCCCACCAUCUUACCCCACCAAGUACUUCGGCUGUGAACUUGGUGCGCAGACUAUCAUUGACGACAAGAGUGACCGUUACAUUGUCAAUGGUGCACAUGACGUCAACCGCCUCCGUGAGCUUCUGGAUGGUUUUAUCGACAAAUUCGUGCUGUGUGGUGAUUGCAAGAAUCCAGAGACCGAUCUCAAGAUCAAGGAUGGCGACAUUCUGCGAGAUUGCAAGGCCUGUGGUAAGCGUACCUAUGUGGAUAUGGGCCAUAAGCUUACGACGUUUAUCCUCAAGAACCCCCCACCGAAGCGCAUGAAGGGCACCAAGGGUGCAAGCGCCACUAGUGGUCAAUCCGCUCAGGCAGAUGGCGAUGAGGAAGGCGCGAACAGUGAUGACGAACUUACGCGCCGUAUCAAUGCUGAGGCGGAGCGUAUUCCCACUGCCACUCAACGUGACAAAGCUGAAGUCGACGACGACUGGUCAGUGGAUACCUCAGAGGCCGCUGUAGCAGCUCGCGUCAAGGCUCUUGAAGGUGCAAUGAGUGUCCUAGGCACGGGCAACGACGAUGAGGAGGGCGACGAGGAUGAAUCGAGUCCGUACUCCCAAUUUGGUACCUGGAUCCUCGAAGAGCGUGAAGCCGGUAAGAAACUAAGUGCUGCGGAAGUGUACCGCAAGGCUCAGGAGCUGGACAUCGAGAAGAAACAUAAGACGCUGCAAGUUCUGUUCCAGGCGCUUUUCAGUGAGAAUGCAGCGGCUGAAAUCGAGUCUUACGCGCCGCUUCUUCUCAAAAUGGUCACGUCAGAGAAGCACCAAAAGUCCAUGCUGGGCGGUAUUGAGCGUUUGGCUGGUCUUGAACACCCUUCGCUCGUUCCAAUUGGUGUCCCGAAAAUCCUCAUGGCACUAUACCAAAUCGAUGUGCUGGACGAAGAGGUGGUUCAACAAUGGGGUACGCACAUCUCGAAGAAGUAUGUGGAUAAGGAGACAUCGAAGCGUGUUCGAAAAGCUGCUGCGCCCUUCCUCGAAUGGCUUAAGCAAGCCGAGAGUGAAGAUGAGGACGAGGAUGACGAAGAGGAUGAAGACGAAGAAGACGGUGCCGACGCGAACGGCGGCUACCAACAGGGUGACAGUGACUUGGAUGACCUGUAG